UAGUGCGUCUGUAGCCAUCCGGUAAGAUGGCGCCAUUGCUUUGUCUUCUGUGAGACGAUUCAAUAUUCAGUCUUUUUCCGAGGUAACACUUUUUGUGGAAUUUGGGAUUUUUGUACACAUUGAGGAAUCCAUCCGAUACCCCAUGGUUUAAGGCAUACAAGCAAUGACUGCAGACAUCCGCAGUAUCCCUGGUAAUUCCGGCAAGCUGAAUACUUUGGUGACAAAACUCCACGAGUUCAUGAAUUUUACUGAAGAGGAGGACAGUAGUGAGGCUGAAAUACCUGGUAAAAUGGCCUCGACUGAAUCAGACAGGAUGGAAGAGCCUGGAAGCUCCACAGAGACAGCAAAGGCCUCCUCUUCAAAAAAAUCUAAGAGGAAACCCGCUACUGUGACCAAGCACACUGGCCUAAAUCAGUCAGAUGAGUCUGACCAGAGUGAUCAAGAGGAUGGGUCCAUAGACAAUGGCUCUGACUCCGAAAUGAGCUUACCAAAAGGCACUGUAGUGGUCAACCCUGAGCCUGUGGAUGAUGGGGCGAAGAAUUUUACAGGCCCAGAGUUCAGAAGCCGCGGCGCAAAGGACAGAGGAGAGGCCCCGAGGAAACGCACAGGAAAUGGAACUUCACUCUUGGAAGAAAGGGUAGAAUGCACCGCUUGUGGCCAACAAGUUAAUCCUUUUUCUAAAGAUUCUGUCUUCGAGCACCCUGUUUUAAAAGUUCUUAUGUGUAAGUCGUGUUUUAAGUACUACUCAAGUGAUGACAUCGGCAAAGAUGCUGAUGGUAUGGAUGAACAGUGCAGGUGGUGUGCCGAGGGAGGGAAUCUCAUCUGUUGCGACUACUGCAGCAAUGCCUUUUGCAAAAAGUGCAUUUUACGAAACCUGGGCAGAAAAGAGCUGUCCAUGAUCAUGGACGAAAGCAGCAAGUGGUACUGCUACGUCUGCAACGCUGAGCCCCUGAUUGAGUCGUCCGCCGCGUGCUCCAAGGUCAUGCAGAACCUAGCACGGAUGGGGCGGCGUCGGGAAUCCAAGCCAAAGCCCGACAAAAAAUCGGAACACAAGAAGGAACGAGCCUCCCUUAACGGAAAGGACCACCACCACCAUCAUUCGGAAGGCUCUGGAACCAUGACGUUCUCCCCGAAGUUCCUCCAGAUCCCUAAAGAGCUGGUCAAAAAGACGAAAAAGCUCAUCGAGACCACCACGGGCCUGAACAACACCUUUGUGCAGUUCCUCCAGCAGCAGGCCACCAAAGAUGCAGGCAACACGGCCAUGCUGCGCUACCGCCACCUCAAGGCGUUCAAGUCCGUGCUGGCCGACCUCAAAAAGGCACACACGACUCUAGAGGAGGCCCUGGAGGUCGAGUUCAAAGAUCUGGAGCUUCAGAACGGGACGGCGAGCGCCGUGGAUAACGGGUUCAUGGACAGUGCAAUGGACAAUGGGUCAGAUGAACCAUUAGCACCUGUGGUGGAGGAAGAGCCCUGUGAACAGGCUGCUGCUUCUGCUGCUGUUGCUGAUGAUGACAUGGUAGCAGAAGCUGAUGAGGCAUUGAAAAAUGAUGCCAUUGAAGGGUCCGAUGUCGAGGAGAACAACAUGGACUAUAUGGCCACAGAUGAUGUGGACCUGAAGGAGGACAGCCCUUCCAUCCCGUCCCCCAUGGAGGCGGCGCAGCUCUUCACGGACAGCGAGGUGACUGGGGACGGGGACCUCAAGGCCGACGUGGAUUUCGCUGUGGGCGACGACGAGGACCUGCUGGGCGGAGACUCUGAGCUCGACAGGGAGAUCCUGGCGGCCACUCCCUCCAUCCCCGAAGAGCUCUUCCAGAUGGUCGAGUCUCUGGCGGACUCCACCAAGCUUGCAGCUGCUGACAAUGAGGCGCAAGAGGCCAAGGCUGAGGCAGAGCUGUCCCCCCCGGCGUCCUCCGCCGAGGAAGAGCCCCAGCCUGCAGACCACAGAGAGGCUGAGGAGCAGUCCUGCGGGGCCCAGAGAAGAAUCGCAACGCUGGGCAAGAGGAAGCUGGUGAUCAAGCUGACGCCCAUGCCUCUUCGGGUGACCUUGAAAGCCGCCCCAGUGUCAGACGACGCGAAGGAGGAUGAUGAGGAUGAUGAGGAUGGCAAUACGUCUCCCGAUGCCAGCAGACGCAAAAGCAGACGAUCCUCCAGAGUCAAGACCACACCGCUCCGCAAACCCUCUGAGCGCAAGAGCUCGAAAGCUGAUGACGUCUCAGCCGGAGUGAAGAAGGAGAAGGAGGAUGAGGAUGAGGAUGAGGAUGGCAACGCUUCUCCAGAUGCUGGCAGCCGCAAAAGCAGACAGUCUCCCAGAGUCAAGACCACGCCACUCCGCAAGCCCCCCGAGCGCAAGAGUAAGGGCAACAAAGGCAACGACAAACAGGAGUCUGCCAAGAACACCAAGGGCAAGGGCACCACUUGCUCCUCCAGUGACCAGGAGGAGGAGUCCACAGCCAAGGUUUCAUCUACACAGAUGGACUCUGACUCGGACGAGUUCCCCGAAGCGCUGCGUCAGAAGAUGGCCCAGGCAGCCAGCUCGGGAGACGAAGAAGCGGCGGCGACAGCAUCUCAAAACGGAAACAAGACUGAGAAGUCCGCAGCACAGUCUUCAGAGAGAAGGUCGACCAAGCGCAAGCUGAACAUGAAGAGCGCCUCCUCUAAUGAUGAAUCUCGUUCAGAGUCAAAGAAAAAGAGUUCGUCCAAGGGCGCUGCCUCCAAAAAAAAGAAGGCUGCCGGUUCGGACUCUGAGAACCAUGACUCCGACCUGGAGAAAGACAUAAAAAGUCUGAGCAAGAUUAGCUCAAGUAAGAAAGCCUCCAGUAAAGCGAAACCAGGCGGUAGCAAAGAGAGCCCGGAGAAGUUUGUCAAAACCAAGAAAAGGUCCUUCGAACGUGUGCGUAGGACCAGGAGAGGCAAGCCCAGUGGCAACGCCUCAUCCAGCGAAAACGAGGAAGAGGAGGAGGAGGAGGAGCACGCAGAUGAUUCAGGAGAGGACAGCGACGACAAGCAAACCAUGCGGCCCAUCAUGGACUCAAUGGUGGCUGGAGUAGACGCUUUCCAGCAGUCGUCAGGAGAUGAAGGUGGUGUCAAAGGUGAACCCUCUCAGAUGCCAGACGAUGAUGAUGAUGACCCAGAGAAUAGAAUCGCUAAGAAGAUGCUGCUAGCACAGAUCAAGGCCACCUACUCCUCCGGAGCAGACAGUUCCAGCCAGCACAGCGACUCGGAUCAGCAGGACGGAAAACAGAAGAAGAAGAAGAAGUCUGCGAAACAAGAGGAGGAAGAGAAUGGAGAGGAAGAAGCCACUGAGGACUCUGAGGAAGAGAAUUCUGAUGAUGAUGAUGAUGACAAGAAGAAGUCGGGGCGCCGCCAUCGCCUCCUGCGGGCCAAGCUGUCCGUCAGCGAGGGCGAGGGCCAAUCAGAGGCCAAGGAGAAGAAGGGCAAGGACGGGAAGAAGGAGAAAGGCAAGAAGAAGAGCAGGAGGAAAGUUGUCAGCGACGACUCUGCUGACUCUGAUUUCGAGGGCUCUGAUGGUUCUGACAGCGAAUCAGCGCUGAGCGAGGCCGUCAGCGAAUCGGAGGGAGAAGGCAACAACAACAAGCGGAAAACCAGAGCUGCUAAGAAAGCGAAGGAUAAGGAGGAGGAGAGGAGCUACAAGCAGAAGCAGAAGCAGAAGAAACGGCGACGCAUUAAAGUGCAGGACUCCUCCAGCGGCAAGAGUGGAAGUGAGGAAGGUGAGGAGGACGAGGAAGGGGAGGACGGCGACGACGACAAGGGCACGCCCAAAGGCCGCAAGAAGAUCCGGAAGAUUCUCAAAGACGAAAAGCUGCGCUUGGAAACGCGGGACGCCCUGAAGGAGGAGGAGGACAGGAGGAAGCGCAUCGCCGACCGAGAAGCACUGAGGGAGAAACUCCGAGAGGUGAUUGUGGUGGAUGAGGCGUCCAAGGUGAAAGACAAAAAUACGACUAUCGUGGUGGAAGAGGCGUCCAAGGUGCAGUGUCCCAUCACCACUAAGCUGGUCCUGGAUGAGGACGAGGAGACCAAAGAGCCCCUGGUGCAGGUGCACCGCAACCUGGUCACAAAACUCAAGCCACAUCAGGUCGACGGCGUGCAGUUCAUGUGGGACUGCUGCUGUGAGUCGCUGAAGAAGACCAAGAAGAACCCGGGCUCCGGCUGCAUCCUGGCCCACUGUAUGGGGCUGGGCAAGACGCUGCAGGUGGUGACGUUCCUCCACACCCUGAUGCUGUGUGAGAAGAUGAGCUUCAACACGGCGUUGGUGGUGUGUCCACUCAACACCGUCCUCAACUGGAAGAACGAGUUCGAGAAGUGGCAGGAUGGAAUGAAGGACGAGGAGAGCUUGGAGGUGAACGAGCUGGCCACGGUGAAGCGUCCUCAGGAGCGGGCGUACGCCAUGCAGCGGUGGCACGAGGACGGCGGCGUCAUGAUCAUCGGCUACGAGAUGUACCGCAACCUGACGCAGGGACGCAGCAUCAAGAGCAAGAAGCUCAAGGAGACCUUCCAGAAGACACUGGUCGACCCAGGUCCGGACAUCGUCAUCUGUGAUGAGGGCCACAUCCUGAAGAACGAGACGUCCGCCGUCUCCAAAGCCAUGAACAGCAUCAAGACGCGCAGGAGAGUCAUACUCACUGGCACGCCACUGCAGAACAACCUCGCCGAGUACCACUGCAUGGUGAACUUCAUCAAGGAGAACCUUCUGGGUUCUCUCAAGGAGUUCCGGAACCGCUUCAUGAACCCCAUCCAGAACGGCCAGUGUGCCGACUCCACUCCCAACGACGUGCGACUCAUGAAGAAGAGAGCCCACAUCCUCUACGAGAUGCUGGCUGGAUGCGUACAGAGACGGGACUACACGGCGUUGACCAAGUUCCUACCUCCCAAGCACGAGUAUGUGCUGUCUGUUCGCAUGACCUCCAUCCAGGCCAAACUCUACCGCCACUACCUGGAGCACUUUACCAGUGUGGGGAGCGCCGCUCAGGAGGGGAACCGCGGCAAGACCGGUACCAAACUCUUCCAGGACUUUCAGAUGCUGAGCCGAAUCUGGACCCAUCCCUGGUGCCUACAGCUGGACUACAUCAGCAAGGAAAACAAGGGUUACUUCGAUGAGGACAGCAUGGAGGAGUUCAUCGCUUCGGAUACGGAAGAGUCUUCUAUGAGCUUCACGUCUGAGGACGAGGCGCCUAAAAAGAAAAAGGCCAGAGGGAAGGGGAAGAAGAAGCGCGACUCGGAGGGCUCGGACAGUGACGCGGUGGAGGUCAUCAAGGAGUGGAACACCAGUUCACGGGGCGGCAACCCAGAGAGCCGCAACCGUGCCGAACCCGUUGAAGAGGGUAAGGGCGCCGUGGCCAGGACAGCCACCAGCACCUACUCUCCAGACUGGUACAAGGACUUUGUGACCGACGACGACGCGGACAUCCUGGCUCACUCCAGCAAGCUGAUGCUGCUCAUGGAGAUCCUACGCAUGGCCGAGGAAGUGGACGAGAAAGUCCUGGUGUUCAGUCAGUCCCUCAUCUCCUUGGACCUGAUUGAAGACUUCCUGGAGGCGGCUAGCCGGGCUGAAGACGAGGAGAAGGAGUCUCCCUACAAAGGAGAGGGCAAGUGGUACCGGAACAUUGACUACUAUCGCCUGGAUGGGUCCACCAAUGCCUUGUCUCGGAAAAAAUGGGCAGAGGAGUUCAAUGAUACCAGCAACGUCAGGGGUCGCCUGUUCCUGAUCUCGACCAGAGCGGGUUCUCUGGGCAUCAACCUGGUGGCGGCCAACCGCGUCAUCAUCUUCGACGCCUCCUGGAACCCCUCCUACGACGUGCAGUCAAUCUUCCGUGUCUACCGCUUCGGGCAGAUCAGACCCGUCUACGUCUACAGGUUUUUGGCUCAGGGAACGAUGGAGGAGAAGAUCUACGACCGGCAGGUGGCCAAGCAGUCGCUGUCGUACCGCGUGGUGGACCAGCAGCAAAUCGAGCGGCACUUCACCAUGAACGAGCUGACGGAGCUCUACACCUUCGAACCCGACCUGCUGGAGGACCCCUCGGCCAAGAAGAGGAAGCACGCCACACCCAUGCUGCCCAAGGACCCGUUCUUGGCGGAGCUGCUGACCAGCCAUAAGGACCAGAUCGUGGGCUACCACGAGCACGACUCCCUGCUGGACCACAAGGAAGAGGAGGCCCUCAGCGAAGAGGACCGCAAAGCAGCCUGGGCAGAAUACGAAGCCGAGAAGAAGGGUCUGUCCAUGCGUUCGAACCAGCAGGCGAUGUAUGGCCACAUGGGCAUGGGCGGACAGGGCGGAGCCUACUUCCCCUUCAACAUGGCCGCCCUGGCUACCAUGAACAACCGGGAGCUGGAGGACCUGGUAAACCAGGGUCGGCAGAAGGUGAUCGAGACCAGCAACGCCAUCAACUCCCUUGUGGCCGAGCCCCUGGAGGACCUCAUUGCCCGCAUCUGGAAGCAGAACCCCGACCUGGAGGAGUCUCGGGUGCAGGCGAUCGCGCUGUCCCAGCAGGCCACCAUAGAGCGGGAGAGGGCACGCGUGGAGGUGGCCUACAGGGAUGUACUGCACAAGCAGCAGACGCUGAUGAUGUAUGUGCAGAAGGUGCUGAGCAACCGCAAGGUGCAGGAGCAGCAGCUGGCCAUGGCCAAGCAGGGGCUGCUGAUGAACCAGCUGGCGCUGCAGAACGGCAUGCUGGGUACCGGCAACCUCAACCAGAUGGAGCUGCUCAACCUCUACCAGCAGCUGCAACACAUGCAGGGCAUGCAGGGUGGCGGCAACCCGGGGCCCUCCAAGGGCCUGUAGAGGAGACGGGGACCACGGCAACGGGGGCAGAGACGGCCGACGGAGAUGGAGACGGGAUGGGACAGGAGGGGGCGCGCACCUGACCCCCCCACCCACACGCCUGACCUUUAGUGGAAGCCCUCCCUCCUCUAGCUGCCGCCAAGCCCCACGACCUGCCCAGCCUGCCCUCUCCCUCCCUGCUUUGGGGAUGGUGGUGGGAGGGGAGGGGAGGGGUGAGGGGUGUAGUUCGGGUUAUGAUACCUUUUUACCCGCUGCCUAGUGCAUCCUUCUGGUGCAGGCAAGGCAGAGAGAUGCAGUGCAGCAGCGUAGUACAACCACCCCCUCUACUCGCCCUCCCAUGUUCAGCCCAUGUCUGCUGUUACUUUUUUUUUGGUUCUUAUAUUUUUUUUAACACCACCACCCCACCCCACCCCCUUCCAUUCUCUCCAAACCAGCCUCCAUAGUUCCUUUUUGAACCCACUCUUACAGGGAGAUGUUCAUUCACUGGGGUUGUUUUUGCAAUUAACGUUACAAACAAGAAGGAAGCGAUUAAAGAAAGUUGUGUACAUAAAGCCGUAAUGUUAUUUCGACUUUUAUUCUUUUCUUUUUUUUUCAACAUAUUUAAGGAUAAUAAAAAUUACCUGUUCCUCCCUAAA